UAAAUUGAAACCCCCCACCAACUCAUUCUACUCACUCCCUCUCCUCGUGUUUUGUUUCCUCUUCUCUAAACACACUAGCAAGCAUGUGUCAGCAAAGUGAGUACCUGAGGGAAACAUUGUUGAUCCAAAAUGAAACACAAGAUGCCAUGAGAGAAGUAAUCUCCAUAUCCAAAAUAGCAUUCCCAAUGAUUCUCACCGGUCUAUUGCUCUACUGCCGCUCCAUGAUCUCCAUGCUCUUCCUCGGUCGCCUCGGGGAGCUAGCCUUAGCCGGCGGCUCCCUCGCACUAGGCUUUGCCAACAUAACCGGCUACUCCGUCCUCUCGGGCCUGGCCGUGGGCAUGGAACCCAUUUGCGGACAGGCCUUUGGCGCCAAAAAGUUCACCCUGCUGGGCCUAUGCUUACAAAGAACCAUUCUCUUGCUUCUCUUCACCUCCAUCCCCAUAACACUGCUCUGGCUCCACGUGAAGCAAAUCCUUCUCUUGUGUAACCAGGAUGAGGACAUAGCAACGCAAGCGCAGUCCUUUCUUGUGUAUUCCAUCCCUGACCUCAUUGCACAGUCUUUUCUACACCCUUUGAGAAUUUACCUUAGAACCCAAUCCAUUACUCUGCCUCUUACCCUCUGCGCCGCCUUCUCUAUUCUCCUCCACAUACCAAUCAACUAUCUCCUUGUUUCUCACCUCAAUCUUGGAAUCAAAGGCGUGGCCUUAAGUGGGGUGUGGACAAAUUUCAACCUUGUUGCUUCCUUGAUCCUCUACAUAGUUUUCUCUGGCACGCACAACAAAACAUGGGGGGGUUUCACUUUCGAGUGUUUCACACAGUGGAGAAAGCUCUUGAACCUUGCAAUUCCAAGCUGCAUUUCCGUGUGCUUGGAAUGGUGGUGGUAUGAGAUAAUGAUCCUUCUCUGCGGUUUACUGGUGAAUCCAAGAGCAACGGUGGCUUCAAUGGGAAUCCUGAUUCAAACGACUUCCCUUCUCUACAUUUUCCCAUCAUCAUUGAGCUUCAGUGUGUCAACAAGAGUGGGUAACAAGCUGGGUGAACAAGAACCCUCAAAAGCAAAGCUUUCUGCAAUUGUGGGCCUCACUUGCAGCAUAAUGUUGGGACUCACAGCUUUGGUGUUUUCUGUGAUGGUUAGGAAUAUAUGGGCCACCAUGUUCACAGAGGACCAAGAGAUUAUAGCAUUAACAUCAAUGGUGUUACCCAUCAUAGGCCUUUGUGAACUCGGAAACUGUCCUCAAACAACGGGUUGUGGUGUUCUUAGAGGAACAGCAAGGCCUAAAGUGGGUGCACACAUUAACUUGGGUUGCUUCUACCUUGUUGGAAUGCCUGUGGCAAUUUGGUUAGCUUUCUUUGCAGCUUUUGAUUUCCAAGGCUUGUGGCUUGGCUUGCUCGCUGCUCAAGCUUCUUGUGCUCUUACAAUGUUGCUCGUUUUGUAUGCAACUGACUGGGAAUUCCAGGCCCAAAGAGCUGAGAAGCUCACAGCAACUGAUGCUGUUCUUCUUCAUGAUCCAGAGAAAGAUUCUUUAUUGUCUUAACUCAUUCAGAUUGGGAUAAACAAUCAUGGGUUUAACUUUAAUUAAUCAAAAAAUCAUGAAUUUGUCUUUAGCUGUAUAGGGGAAGGGCAGGCAGAGACUAGAGACAGAGGAUGACUUUUUUUUCUUUUCUUUUUCUUUAUUUUAAACUCUUUUUUUUUUUUUUAAGUUGG